GUGCAACAAAACAGACGUAGCCCGGCAAUACUACCGGUGUUUCUAAUAUUCCAUACCCUUCACUUGAUUUGAAUAUUGUUCGUUCAAUAGAACAAAAAGUGCAGUGCUUGUCUUCAUUGUCAGCAAUCAGUGAAGCGUUGAAAUUCAAAGUGUUUGUGCUGCUGUGAAGGAAUCUGUAAAUCCCGUCAGUUGCUAGUGAAAGACUGCUGCACUUGUGUGCCUUGUAGAUCGAGCGUGGUUUUUGAUCCAACGGCGGCUUGUUUGUAUUUAGCAUUGCAUUGUGUUGUUACGGUUUACUAGCGCACCGAUUGGAAAGUUUUAUUUUCUGUUAAAUAUUAAAUAGUCGCGACUAAACAAGCGAGCUGAGAAAAAGGUGUACGCCGCUUGAUUUUAUUUAUUUUACGUGAAGCAAAUCGAGGAGGCAAAGUAUACACAAAAUGUCGAACACUUGGGGAUACACUGAACUGAAUGGACCUCAUGUAUGGUCAGAAAUGUACCCACAGGCGGCUGGCCAGCGCCAGUCACCGAUUGAUAUUGUCACAGAUAGCACCCAGCAGUCCAGCGAUCUGAAGGCAAACCCACUGCGCUGGACGUACGUUCCGGAGAACACACGCAGCCUGGUCAACCCGGGUUACUGCUGGCGCGUGGAUGUGAACGGCAAGGGUUCCGAACUGACCGGAGGCCCACUGCAGGAUGAAACCUUCAUCCUGGAGCAAUUCCACGCUCACUGGGGCUGCUCGGAUCGUCGGGGCUCUGAGCAUACCGUGGACGGAGAGUCCUUCGCAGGCGAGAUGCAUCUGGUUCACUGGAACCAGACCAAGUACACGAGCUUCGCCGAAGCUGCCGGCCAACCCGAUGGGCUGGCUGUGUUGGGAGUUUUCCUAAAGGUCGGCAAACCACACCCGGAGCUGGAUACCAUUGCGAAGCUAUUGCCAUUCAUCACACACAAGGGUGACAAAGUCACCAUCAACAAGUCCAUGGAUCCGGCCAACCUCCUGCCGGAGAGCAAGGCCUACUGGACCUACCAUGGUUCGCUGACCACUCCGCCCUGCUCGGAGUCGGUGACCUGGAUCCUGUUCAAGGAACCCAUCGAGGUGUCCCACGAGCAGUUGGAGCUGUUCCGUGAGAUGCGUUGCUAUGACGCCCGCGAGGAUUGCCCAUGUGACGAUUCGCUACACAAGACCUUCGAGUACGGCAAGGUGGUCAACAACUAUCGCCCCCCACUGGACUUGGGCAACCGAGAGCUGCGUGAAUUCGGAGGCCAUUGAACAACCAAAACGAAGAACCACUCCGACCCCAACCUACUAAAACCAUCAUCGGACCCAAUCUGUUUUAGAACGCUGAUACACUGUAGAGUAUAGGAAGUCGCGCAUUGUGCGUUUGAGUUUUGUAGCGAUCCAAAUGCAAUAACAUAUUACACUUGUGCGUGCACGUUGUUGAGUGUGUCUAUUUUAACACGAUUGUCAAAUGUGAACAAAUCUUCUUGUAUAAUUAGGCAAGCACCAGUUGAUUGAUGCGAGAUUGAUUCGAACCUAACACAUUUCAGUAUGUUGAAACAUUUAAUUUAACAAAGACGAGGAUUUGCGCAAUUUUUAACUGAAAAAGAUGUAAACAAUAGUUGACUUUCUCCCGGAAGGAACGGUCGCAUGGCAACACAUUUGUGGACAGACAGGUUUUAAGCUAUGGCUUAGUAGGUUAGUAGAGUUUCAUCGAGGACCAGGCGCUGUGCAAUUCGGUAGUAGCAUUGUGUUUUUAUUCAAAACUUCAUUGAAAUGUUACGUUAGUACACACACGAUAUUACAUUAAUAUUCCAGUGUUACUGUAUAUUGGUUGACAGGAAAAUUCAGAUGGCCAUUUAUUAGCUAUUGACGAGCAAAAUUGUGAUUAAGUUUAAUAUUAUUCGAUUAGUCAAGACCCAAAAUUUCCUUCUUUCUUUUGUUAGCAUGGCAAGUACAAUACUGGUAAAAGCUACACUGAAGUUUAUUUUAUAAUGAUUCAAGCAGUCAACUUUUAACGUUAUAGAAAGUGCCUAUGAUAACCAAGUGCAUCCCUUGAAACAACAGUUAGUCGACAAGUUAACAAAAAAAGGGAAACCAAAACCGUGAGCAGUAUUUUAGGGAACUGGUAGUCAAUUAAUCGCAUAGUAACAACGACCUCGAGACAACGACAAACUAACGGACGAUGUUUUGUAGAAUGUUUUCUAGCAAUUCCCAAAUAUUGUAACCGUUUUUGCCUAAGUGUGUGUAGAUCACAUGUCUAGGAAGUGCUGUUUCAAUAACACCUAAAUUAAAUUGUGUAGACACAUCACCAUCGGAAGGGAUCAAAGAAGAAUGUUAUUUAACAAAGGUUUUAAGAUAUUGUAAAGAUUAUUGUGAAAAAUAUAUAUAUGUAUACCAA